CAGAAGAGUUUCGAAUUGCCAGCUCUGCGUCACCUCAAACGGAGGACAACAUGACCUGCGGGCGGCUUCUUGUUCUCUACCUGGCCGCGGUGCUGGGGCCGCAGCCGCCUCUCGUAGACGGCCACCAGAAGGCACUAGAGACGCACAAGGUGAGCGUCGGGCGCUUCUUUAUCCUGAAGUGUAGCCCGGGUCAUACCAAUGUGACAUGGAAAAGAGGGGGCAACUCGAGCCUGCCUGCCGGGGUGGAGGUUAAAGAUGCGGAGCUGUGGUUUCUCCCUGUGGUCCAGGCCCAUGAUGGAAAAUACAUCUGUCACAACAGAAAGGAGAGGGUGUAUGAGGUGCGGGUGUCUAACGAGCUGUGUCCUGCUGCGGUCGAGUCCAAACGAAUGAAACAAGGGCCUCUUCACUGUAAACUGGAUCUCCCCCGAGGAACGACUCGUACUGCCCCUGUGGAGUGGCUUAAGGAGUGUGUGCCUGUCAAUCUGGCUGGUGGAAACCUGGAGGUGACACAGAAGGGGGACCUUAGGUUCCUGAGGGACUCAGAAACAAACGCUGGCCUCUACACCUGCCUGCUGCACAUGUCUCUGGGAGAUAACAACUACACCGCUGCCCGCUCCCUCAACCUCACCCUCGGCAACACAACUUUCCUGUAUAAACCCAUGUUGGUGUAUCCGAAGGUGGAGACAAAGGAGAUAGUGGAAAUAGGUUCCAGAAAGGAGCUGCGCUGUAAGGCCUACCUGGGCAACAGAGACGAUGGUACUAACAUGUACUGGACCAUCAACGGACACCAUUUCAACACAUCUCCACAUCUCCACUAUUCCCAGAAAUAUGCAGAGGAGGAUGGUGCUGUCUAUGGCAUGUCAUCCUUGGUCAUCUCUUCGGUGGUCCCUGAGCUGCUCGACAUCCCAAUCAGCUGUCAUCUCCUCAACCCUGCAGGACAGGGGCAGGGAACCUUUCGGCUUCACAAAGCGGACCACCGCGGUCUCUAUGUGUGUGUGCUGGCCCCCCUGACCGUGUGUCUGCUGGGGCUAGCCCUGGCUCUGGGGAUGCUCUUCAGGAUGGAGCUGGUGUUGGCCUACAGGAGGUUGAAACGGCUUUUCAUAUCCCUGGAGGUCUCAGAUGGUAUGCUGUACGACGCCUACGUGAGCUAUCAGUACAGCGGUGAGGGUCAUUCGUCCGAGGUCGUGACCUUUGCCCUCAAGGUCCUGCCCGAGGUUCUGGAGAAGCGGCACGGCUUCAGCCUCUUCAUCCGAGGACGGGACGACUCUCCCGGAGAAGCGCUGCAUGAUGUCAUCGCCGAGGCAGUGAGCAAGAGCCGGCGACUGGUACUCAUUUUGUCCGGGCAGGGAGACUCUGAAACAUCACCCCUCCACCCCAGCCCAUCACAACUGGCCUACGAGCACAGCGUGGGCCUGUACGAUGCCUUGACCCAAAGAGGUCUCCGGGUCAUCCUGGUGGAAAUAGAUGGUCCUGUGGACUACACGGCCCUCCCCGAGUCCGUGCGAUACAUCAAGAGAACACAGGGGGCGCUGAGGUGGCCAGGGGCCUCGCCUAGGUACCAUGUGUGCACCAAGUUAUCCGCAAACAGCACCUUCUGGAAGAGCAUGAGGUACCACAUGCCCCCGGCCCCCCGAGUCCGGCCCUCGCACAGUUUUGAGACCAGCAGCUCUGAAACCAAAGACAUGGUCGUUGGUUAUAAAAAGAGUUCUCUUAUUCUCUAUGAAACGUGCUGACACUGUGAUGGUGGCCAGGAACAAGUGACCAAUGAUAACAACUGUUAUUGAUGACAAAUUCAGCUUGGAAACCAAUGCAGAUGCUUCUACAGAAGCGUUAUUGAAUCAUUUGUAACUUUAUUCCAACCAGCAAGUAGGCGGGAGACUUUCAGAAAGUAAAAAACAGGGUUCUGUCACUCGAACCAGCUUUGCAACUGUGUGACAAAAACCAGCGUAGCUCGGGUGGGUGUGCGGCAUGAGUGGUUGAUGUUUUGGGAGUGUGUUGAUAGUUAGAAUCUUGUAGAUAAACAGAGGUACGUGCUUAAAGGGGACAUAUUAUGAAAACAACACUUUUCCUGGGAUUUGGGGUGUGUGUACAGGAUUUUUAGAGUGUGAUGCAUUUCUGAAAGUACCCGACCUACAGUUACCAAACGAGCUAGUCAGUUUCGGCGCACCCUCCUACAUAGGAAGGGGGCACAUUUGAAUAUUACCUCCCACUUCCCUGCUCCCCUCCAAUCAGAGCAUAGCUUAGAUUUUGUGGAACAGCGGACGAGUAGCUCCGGCGGGGGGAACUCGGCGGUACCUCAGCUCCGGGAGUACCAUCCCUUUCUCUGCCGGACUGCCGCCGAGCUCCCCCCACCGGAGCUGCCGGACUUCCGCCGAAGCAUCGGCGGCAGUCCGGAGGAGGAGACAUGGAGGAGAAAAUGACCUAGGUACUCCCGGAGCUGAGCUGCCGGACUGCCGCGAAGCUACCCUUGCCGGACUUUUCAUCUCCCAGAUUACACAGCCGGAGCUGCAGGACUGCCGCCGAAGCUUUGGCGAAAAAGGCCCUAUUGAAAAGGCCCUUUUAGAAAACACUGUUGUUGCACUGUAUCAGAUCUCCUGUCGGUGCCUUUAUGUUUUGUAUUGUUGUUGUGCAAUUAAGUUUGGGACCCUGGCUACAAAACAAUUUCCCUUUUAGGGACAAUAAACUUGAACUUGAACGCGGAAUGGUAUGGUUUACUGUUAAAGACCAGCUACUUAAGAUAAGAUAAGACACAACUUUAUUAAUCCCCCUUAGGAGAAAUGUGUUCGUUGCAAAAACAGCCCAGCAGCAGUGGAAGGACACAGAAUAAAAUGACAAUGCAAUAAAUACAAUAAAUACGAAGUGCUAUUGCAUACGUAGACGCUUAUAGUUGAAAUAGUGACAAAAACAAGACAAACAGAACCAACAUCAUGAUGGGUGAUCCAUCUACACAUAUAUACGUAUACCUAAACACACACACAUGCAUAUGCAAACACAUAGACACACACAAACAAUCAUCAGGCACUGUUGCCUAAUGGCUGCCGGCACAAGACGGAGCACCUGAAGCGCUCCGUCUUGCACCUGGGGAACAUGAACCUGUGGCUGUAGGUGCUCCUCUUCUGCCACAGGAUGGACUUGAAUUUGUCCCUCAUCCUCCUCUCCACCACCACCUCCAGACUGUCCAGCUCAAGUCCGACAAUAGAGCUGGCUUUCCUAACCAGCUUGUUGAGUCUAUUUGACUCCCCAGCCUUGAUGCUUCCUCCCCAGCACGCCCCAGCGAAGAACAGAGCGCUGCCACAGACAGAUAAAAUGUCCUUAGCAGCCUGCCACACACGUCAAAAGACCUGAGCCUCCUGAGGAAGAGUCUGCUCUGACUCUUCCGGUAGAGGGUCUCUGUGUUGUCAGACAAGUCCAGUUUAUUGAUGAUGUGUACUCCAAGGAACUUAUACGAGUCCACCGUCUCAAUUUCAAUCCCCUGGAUGGUAAUAGGGGUUGGGGGGUUCCUCUUCCGGCGGAAGUCCACCACCAUCUCCUUGGUCUUGCCGAUGUUGAGUUGGAGGUGGUUCUCCUCAGACCAUCUGACGAAGUCCUCCACCACACCUCUGUACUCGUCCUCCCUGUCCUCACUGAUGCAGCCCACGAUGGAGGAGUCAUCUGAGAAUUUCUGGAGAUGGCAGGUUCCAGAGUUGAAACUGAAGUCAGAGGUGUAGAUGGUACAGCCUCUUCUCCUGCUGCGGUCAGUCUGACCUGACGAGACAUAUUAGUAACACUUCACAACAAGGGUACAUUAAUGAACAAUUAAUUAACAAUAGUAAAUGCAUUCAUUAACAUUAACCAACAGUUAAUUAACAUUGACGUAUGUGGUGCGCCGAGAGGAUGGUCGCACUGACAAUGGCUCCGCAUGCACUACGCAGCUUUAUGUUUAUAAUUGUUUUUAUUGUUAGUUUUUUUCUACGUACUGCACUGUCGCUCAUUCAGUAUGAUCGACUGGCACUUUUGGAAAUUCGUUCGUCACUUAAAACAGAGUUUUUCUCAACUUACCGGAGUGCUUGCUGUGACUCCAUUGUCUUACCGCCGGUAUGCCUACCAAUACGCAGACGGAAGAGAAAGAAGAGAGGCAAGCGAGCCGGCAUCCUGUGCAGAUCUCGGACGAGAUACUGCAACCCACCGCUUCCAAGCAUUCUACUAGUGAAUGUGCAAUCUUUGGAGAAUAAACUGGACAAGCUACACGCACGGAUUGACUCCCAGCGGGACAUUGCAAACUGUUGUGUACUGGCGUUUACCGAGACCUGGCUGGAUCCUAUGGUGCCUGACUCUGCCGUCACUCCGACGGCUUCUCCAUCUACCGGCAGGACAGGACUUCCGAGUCAGGUAAAAGAAGGGGAGGAGGGGUAUGCUUGAUGGUUAACUCUCGCUGGGGCUCGGAUGUUGCUGCACUUUCAGCACACUGCUCACCAGACCUGGAGCUGUUAUCGAUUAAAGUUCGCCCCUUCUACCUCCCACGGGAAUUCAGCUCCGUUAUUGUCACAGCAGUAUACAUUCCACCGCAGGCGGACAAAACGUGCGCGUUAGAGGAACUUUACGGAGUAAUUAAUGGACUUGAGGAUGCUCACCCUGAGGCGGUUUCUAUUGUUGUUGGAGACUUCACUAGGACCAAUAUGAAGAAAGUUUUACCAAAGUACUAUCAACACAUAAACUUUCCUACCCGGGGUGAUCAGAUUCUUGACCAUUGCUACUCACAGAUUCGAAAGUGUAACAAAGCCCUCCCCCGCCCCGCUUUCGGAAAUCGGAUCACACCUCCAUUAUGCUUAUCCCUACCUACAGACAGCGCCUAAAACAGGAAAAACCGGUUUCUAGGGCAGUUCAACGCUGGAGUGCUGAAGCCAUUAGCACUCUGCAGGACUGCUUUGACACAACAGACUGGCAGAUGUUCUUUGUUGCAGCUGAUGGGGACAUCAAUGAAUACACAGACUCUGUCUCCUCAUACAUCUCCAAAUGCAUUGAUGAUGUCGUACCUAGGGUCAGUGGUAAGACCUUCCCAAACCAAAAGCCCUGGGUAAAUGGUAAUGUCCGUGCUAAGCUCAAAGCACGGUCCUCUGCCUUUAACUCUGGUGACCAGGAGGCUU